GUGAGCUUUUUAUCGUUUUUCUUAGAGAAGAUGAGGAAGUACUUGGGGAAGAAGCAAGUCCAAAAAAAGCCAGAAAGCAAAAGCACUUUUUUUGCCAGACAUGCUCUGCCCUCCCCUGCUUCUGCUUCUCCUUCUUCCUCCCCAGCUUCUUCGCCCGAUGCUAUCGAGCACAUUAAAGUCGGAUGUUUCUACCAAAUCGACCAAUCGAAGCUCCAUGAAAGAACCGUACCGGAGCAGCUCAAGGACGUACGGAUCGUCAUGGUGAGUGCGAAGGGUGCGUUUAAAGUGGCAGUGCGGUUUCCGAGCCUUCACUCUCUGCGCACUCACAUCAACGAAAAUGGGUACCCAAAACCAGAUGCCAAGCAGAUUCCGGCGCUCGACGAGAAGUACGUGAUGUCGCCGGAUAUGGCAUCAGAGGUACUUUACCGGAGAAUCCCACCUCAGGAGAUGGUUGAUCAGAGCAAAAUUUGGAGUUUCUGGGCCAUUCGACCUCCGUUGAAGAAUCACGCGAGAUGCUCGUCGUCGAGCCCAGCAAUCAGUGGCGGCGGCGGAGCCAUGGAUAGUAGCGUGGUUUCUAGGAAGGGCCCGUGUUCGUCCGAGCUCGCAUUUGCCGGAAUGGUGAAGUGGGGCAAGCGGCGGCAGAUUCGCUACCUUCGCAGGCACGAGUCGUCGCCGAGCUCUGGCUCUGAAGAUUCAGAGAAGGAAAAGAAGGUAAUGGAGCUGGAGGACGGUGACGAAGAAGAAGGCGAGGAGACAGAGGAAGAAGCUCAUCUUCCUCCUGUUCUGCCAUGGAAGAUGAACCUCCGGAAUCGGAAGCGGAAGCGCCCUGAUAACAAGAGAAAUAUCAAAGCUCCGACUCUGAAGCGAUCAAAAUCCAGAGCAAAAAGUGCGAAGCAGAAUAACCAGAUUGUAGCAGUUCCUGAUCGCAGCAGCAGAAAAUUGGCUAAAGUUAAACACACUGUAGCAAGAUGGUCAGCAGGAAGGUACAAGCUGGCGGAGGAGAACAUGUUGAAGGUGAUGAACGAGAAGGGGGCGGCGAUUGGGAACCCAAUACGGAGGCCGGCGCUGAGAGCGGAGGCUCGGAGGCUGAUUGGGGACACGGGUUUACUGGAUCAUUUACUCAAACACAUGGCGGGCAAGGUGGCGCCUGGCGGGGCCGAGAGGUUUAGACGGCGGCACAACGCUGAUGGGGCCAUGGAAUAUUGGCUGGAGAGUGCUGAUCUGGUCCACAUCCGAAAGGAAGCUGGGGUUCAAGAUCCCUACUGGACCCCGCCGCCGGGGUGGAAGCCCGGCGAUAGCCCCACCCAGGACCCCACUUGUGCAAGAGAGAUUAAGGAGCUCCGUGAGGAAAUUGACAAGAUUAGAAGGGAGAUGGAGGAGUCCAAGCAGCAAGGGAAUGCCGGUUUGGCUAUGGCGACCUCUUCAAAUUCUUGUUUGACCGGUGUUGACUUGGAUCGUGAUGGUUCGUUAAUCCAGAUUAAGGAGGCUUGUGCAGAGCUAGAAAAGAAGAUAGCUAAAAUGGAUGAAGAAACGAUGGAGUUUGUGACCAAAAAAGAAGAACAAAUGGUGGAGUUUACUCAAUCUUUGUCCGGAAUUAAGGAGAAAAUCAGGAUGUUUGAAUUAAGGAAGGAAGGUGCAGUCACAAUUUCAGGAGCACCACCGCCAUCUGAAACAGCAUCAGCCGCUGAGAAGAAAGAAGAAGAUAAACUAAGCGGCGGAGACACGGCGGCUGCGGCGGCGGAGGACAAGGCGGCAAAAAUAGAUAGGCUGAGGAGUGGGUUCAGGAUAUGCAAACCACAAGGUAGCUUUCUCUGGCCAGACAUGGGCAGCCCCACCAAUAUUCCCAGUCCUUCUUCUCAGGUUCUGGCCCCACCACAUGACCCCUUUGUGGUUCCCACCCCACCCUCAUCCACCUCCUCCGCCCCCGGCCACCUCAUCAGCCCCACCACUCCACCUGUGAAGCCGGUAGCUGAGCGGGGCCCAGUGACCACCACCACAUUGUGCAAUGUGACCACAAUACCCUCUGCCCCUCCGAUUUUCGCUCCUCCACCUGUCCUGGCCCCACAGCAAACUCAGAGUUCCACUACCAUCAUCAUCAGUAAAACCUUACUCUUAAACCUCAACGAGCUCCCUGCAGUUGCAGCACCAAACCCUAACCCUAACCCUAACCCCCAAACCAGCUGUGAGGCUACCGGGACUGUCACCACCUAUAACAGAAUGCACCACCACCAUCUGCCACGUAUGGUGGAGGAGAAGGAGGAGGACGACGGAGAUGCAAGAAACGGUGAUGAUUGGUGUGCCUCUCCUGCUUCCACGUGGAAGGAACAGAAGUGGUUGAUGGCUUUGGCUGUGGGAACUCCUGGCACUUCUUUGGAGGGUUGAUUUUGGACCGUUGGAUCAAUCUUGCAGCAGGAGCUAAAUAUAUAUGGGAUAUACUUUAUAGGGCUACUUUAUAAUUGUAUGAAAUUGGCGGGUAUAGAAAUAAUUGUAUCUAGGUAUACAUGAUUAUUAGGGAUUUUACAUUAUAAUCCAAAAUAUUUGGUUUUUUGCGGAAAUAGCUGAUUUGCCGCUUUGGGCAC